AUGGCGCGAUUGAGAGAAAUGAAGAUCCCCGCGCUAGGGUCUCAGGGAAAGAAGGAUUCGGCUAGAACGAUUUUGGUGUAUGAGUAUAUGAACCGAGGUUCGUUGGACCGGACCCUUUUUGGGCCUGGUCCGCCUUUAGAAUGGCAUGAGCGGUUUGAGAUUGCGGUUAGAACUGCUCACAGUCUUGUGUACCUGCAUAGCGGGUGCGAGCACAAGAUCAUACAUUGUCAUGUUAAGCCCGAAAACAUUCUUGAUGAUAUGCAAGUAAAGAUUUCGAAUUUUGGGUUAUCGAGACUACCGAGUCCCGAACAAUCUGGUUCAUUUACAACCAUGAGAGGAACCCGCGUGUACCAAGCUCCCGAGUGGCUCCUGAACGAGGCUAUCUCAGAUAAAACAAAUGUCUAA